CUCAUAAGGUCAUUGAAGUGUAACAAUCUGUUUCUGUGCCACUGCAGGAGCAGGGCUCGUAACAUUGAAAGCAGAGCAACCUGACUGUUUCACAGCUUCACGCCUCACACUGUUUAAAUGUUGAACUUCUGUCAAGAUUUUUCCCCUUAUAAUAUUGCUCUGAUUUGAUGUUUGCCUUUUAAUUAAAUAAUUAUUUUUGACACAAAAUUGUCGAGAAUCCCGCAGAAAAGCUGUCUCGUUUUGUUUUGUUCUAUGCUAGUAGCGCUACAAUGAAAUGGCAAUGAAUCGAUCUGACAUAACUGAAGAACCACUCUUUUGUUGAUAGAAGACAAACAACUUCCUCCUCUGUCACUUCCUGUCCUCCAGAUGCCGUUGCGGUCAUCUUUCCAAUGCUCAAAGUUUCGUUACGUCUUUGGGAAGCCAGCCACCAAGGAACACAGCUAUGAUGGAGUGCCAAUCACAACAAGCGUCCAUGACAACCACUACUGCUCGGCCAAUCCCUGCUUCAUCGCCGUGGUGACGGAAUGUGCUGGAGGCGGAGCGUUUUUAGUCCUACCCAUUCAUUGUAUAGGCAGACUAGACUCUCAAUAUCCGAGGGUUUGCGGUCACAGUGGCAGAGUCCUGGACGUCAAGUGGAACCCAUUUGAUGAUUACUGCGUUGCCUCGUGUUCUGAAGACUGCACUGUGAAGAUUUGGGAUAUUCCAGUUUGCGGGGUCCAACAGAACAUCACCCAGGCCAGAAAAACUCUAAUUGGUCACUCCAGGAGGGUGGCUAUUAUUGAGUGGCAUCCAACUGCUGAGAAUCUGCUGCUUAGCUCAGGGUACGACUACAAGGUUCUCCUCUGGGAUGUGUCCCAGGUCGGUACAGUUAUCAGACAUCCGGUCCGAGUGGUCCUGAUGCCCAUCCAUCAUCGCUACCCAUCUGAAGCACUUCUGCUGUCUGUCAGCUUUAACAGUGAUGGCAGCAGGCUGGCGGUCACAUCUAAAGACAGACUUAUUCGGGUCCUGGAGCCGCGGACCGGAAAGAUUCUACAGGUUUCCAGCAACAAGACACACAGGGCUAACAAGGUUUUAUACAUCAGAGGCUUGAAGAUCCUUCUGUCCACUGGUAGCUCGCCCUGGAACCACAGACAGAUCGUCCUCUGGGAUCCAGAUGACUUAUCAGAACCUCUGUAUGAAGAAGAUUUGGAUGGAUCUGCAGGGGUUCUCUUCCCGUUCUAUGACUCAGAUACACGGAUGCUCUACUUGGCUGGAAAGGGAGACGGGAACAUCAGAUACUACGAGCUGAGCUCUGAGAAACCCUACAUCAGCUUUCUGAUGGAGUUCAGAUCGCAGCUGCCACAGAAAGGACUGGGGGUGAUGCCAAAACGUGGCCUGGAUGUUAAUGUGUGUGAGAUUUUCCGGUUUUAUCGCCUGAUUGCCAUCAAAGACCUGGUAGAACCUCUGUCGAUGAUCAUACCACGGAAACAGUCAGGUAUUUUUCAGGAGGAUCUGUACCCAAUGACAGCUGGAAACCAGGCAGCCUUAACGGCCCAGGAGUGGCUGCUGGGGAUCAACAGGGGCCCAGUGCUGAUGUCCUUGAGGCCCGAGGCUCAUGUAGAAAAUCCUUACGCUGUAAUUCCUGCUGACAAAGGCCAGUUAAGGCAGCUGAGCUCCCUCCGGUUCCAGAUGGGCCCAGCUGAUGGGGCUGUGACAAACACAAAACUGGACUUUAUGGAAAGGGCUUUCCUUGAAGAGCAGCUGGCCUAUCAGCAUGCUAAAUAUCCCAGAGAUCUGAGUGAUCUGUCCGGUUGGCAGCCGGAUGAGAUGGAGUGUCCGCUGUGGACGUACGGCUGCACUCCACACUGCUGCGAACCAGCUGAGAAACCACCACCUACGACUGAGAGUGAGCUCUUGCAGGUGUUUUACAAACAGCAAGAUGAGAUCAGAGGCCUGAGGGAGGAGCUGCAUCAGAAAGAUGUGAGGAUUGCUCAAUUACAGCUGGAGAUAAAGAACAGAAGCAACAUGAGGGCGACCUUCUGAUCCAAUCAGAUUAAUUCAUGUUGACCUUAACGAUAUUGGAGCGGUUUAACUUCUGGUUUGAAUGUGGCUUAGAGGUGGAGUUUAAAAUGACUGCAGACAAGAAAUCUACCUAAAUGUUUGUUUUGGUAAAAGAUAUGAAGAUUCUUAAUAAUGGUCAUAAUGUUCAGUUAAAGAACAAGAAGCUAAAAUUAAAACAAAUCUAUGUUGAAACGGCUUGUAAAGGUUUGGUCUUGAAAACUGAAAAAUAAAGUAGUAAAAAAAAGAUAGACUUUUAGUCUGAAUCAACAUUUGUUUUCUCAAAUACCCCUGAAGCUAGUGUAAAACAAAUAUCAUAAAAUUAAAUAAAACACUAAACUGAAUUCGAUCUGUACACUUUUUUGGGGUUUUCAGAGUUCAAGAUAAAACUU